CAUCAUUGAACAGAAACUUAAAUAGACCAGUAGCAUAAAUAACUAUUGUUAUAAACAACAAUUGUUGACAGAAUUUCAGAUGGUAAUGAGGAAGCAUACUGAAGCAAGAUAGAUGUCUUUGGUGUCAACAUCUCUGAGGAUCUAUCCUGGGGAGGUUUAUAAGAUUAUGAGAGUCAUCGAUAGAGUAGACUGCCAGUAUAAUUUUCUUAGGAUUAAGUUAUCAAAUACAGAGGGUAUGCAUUUAAGGUGAGAGGGGGUAAACUGAAAAAAAGAUAGGCAGAGUUUAUUUUUACAUAGGGAGUGGUGAGGGCCUGGAGUGCACUGCCUGAGGUAGUGGUGGAGGUAAAUAUGAUAGAAGCAUUCAAGAGGCUCUUAGAUAGGAUCAUGAAUGCAGAUGAAAUGGAAGGAUAUGGAGAAGGGAUUAAUUUAGUUGGACACUUGAUUGCCAACUUAUUUGGUCCCGCACAUUAGGGCCUGUUUCUGUGCUGUACUGUUAACUUUCUAAGUUCUAUAAAUUUAACCCCACUCCACCCAAUCUUAUUUGUAGAGUAUUUCUUCAUUACCAAGAAUCAAAUGAAACUUCAGCACAUCAUCACUAAGCUUGUCAUUCCUUAACAAAAGGGGACCAAACCAGAUGCAAGGUGUGGUUUCACCAAACUCUUGACGAGUCAUAGUAAGACAUUCUUAUAUUUAUACUCGAUAUUCCGUGUAAUUAAGGAGAAUAUUUCAUUUGCCUUCCAAUUUACUCUUGAAUGUGCUUGUUAAUUUUCAAAUGCCUUGCAGUCUGUGAAGUUCAUCCUCUUUUCCAAGUCAUAUUUUAUUCAUAAAAUGUGGAACUAUAGAUUAGGGAACAUUGAUUGUCUGCUUACAAUUACACUGAUAUUUAACAUUGACAUUCUAUCCAUGCCAUAAUUUUUUUUCCAUCCUAAAUAUAUUGUCAGCAAUAAGCCUGAUAUUUAUUACACAGGCCCAGCUGUUCAGUGUUCAGUGGUGGGAGGACCCAUUCUUCAAAGAGCCCUUGCACCAGCUGCAGCACAUUAGCUUGAUCCUCGAAUGCUCCAGCCUGCAGCUGUCUCUUGCCAUCAACUCACCAACACAUUUCACGAGGACCAAGCACUGCCUUUCACUGACGUGAUCUCCCAGCAGCAGUUGACGUUUGUCUCAGUUUGCGCUGUAGAGCUCUCUUAUGCAAAUACUUAAGUGGAUCUUGAGGAGGACCAUAUUUCUUUCUGGAUUUUCUUGGCAACCGUUAUAAGCAGGUGGAUGACAGUCUCAUUCACAUAGCCGCCACCUUGAAGAGAGUGUGCAGAGGGACACAGACACCGGGUGUCCGUGAAGAAGCUGACAGAUGGCUUAUCUCACCACUGCCCAUGGAAAGUCUUGAAGCUUCGUUGAAAGUUUGUGACACAUCUGCAAAAUGACUAAGAGGUUGCUUGGGAAACCACCUCACAGAUACCACCAUCCCCUUCUUCCAUGGGACUAGAAGGCUUUCUGCACAGACAGGCUGAUUGACUUUGUUUUCAAAAGGUGUUUAUUUGCAGAAACUUAUGAGACACAGGAGAUAUGGCAAAAUCCAACAGAAUAGGUUAUAUGGUUGGAAGACCAUUUGCAACGCUAGGAACAUAUGUGGGACUUCAGUGAGUCGUGACGUGCGUAGUUUCCUAUAGUGGCAGACUCUAGUAGCAUAGGGCACAGUCUCAGAAUAGAGGCAUAUCCAUUUAUUAGAGAGAUAAGGAGGAAUUUUUUUUAGCCAGACUGUAGUUCAUUGCCACAGAUAGCCCUGGAGGCCAAGUCAUUAGGUAUAUUGAAAGCAGAGGUUGACAGGUUAUUGAUUAGACAGGGGUCAAAGGUUAUGGGAGAAGGCAUCUGUUGAGGGGGAAUACAUCAGCCAUGAUUGAAUGAUAUAACAGAUUUGGCGCAAUGACUGGCCUCAUUCUGCCUUAUGGUAUUUGAGUACCAGGACCGAUGCAAAGAUGGUUAUCAGGAUGGGAAUUAAUUUACACUUUCUAUGGAACUUGCAUAUAAAUAUGUUCCCUGGAACUCAUCCUGAAUGACUGCUGCAACACAGAAAUGGUGUAUGGACCUAACCUGUGCCAUAUACCAUAACACAGAGCACAAUAUGAUCAGGUUCUUUGCUGGAAUUAAGAGGGAGCUGGCUUCUUUCCCUCGAGUAUUCAGAGCAGUCAGUUCUUGGUACGUGCUCCGGCUCCUCAGCACUCGCAUGUGCGCAUGAACAAUGCAUCCGAGCUCUUCCAUGGACACUACAACUGACGUCUGCAACUCUGUCGAAUACGAGUAUUUACGGACAUGCCACAGUCGUAUUAGUAGUUCGCACGCAUGCAACUUUUCGCUAUUUAAAACCACAUACUGACAGCUAGUAACUGCAACCCUCGUCUACUUCUCCUCUCGGGAUCCGCCCAGAAAUGACAUCAGCGCCUCCGAGCUCCUGCUGAUGAAGAAUUUGAUGAAUUAUGUUUUGAAUUUGGCCUGGAAUUGGAUGAAGUGACAUCUGAAAAGGAUAUUAUAACCAGAGAACAAGGAGAUGGAAAAGCCGAUGGUGCAUCAGAGGUGGUGCUGUAUAAAAUUGACGUGCCUGCGAAUCGCUAUGACCUCUUAUGCUUGGAAGGAUUAACCCGUGGAUUGCAGGUCUUCAAGAACAAAAUUGAAGGCCCUAGAUACACGAGAGUGGGACCACUAAAUGGAGACAUGCAGAAGUUAGUGAUCACCAAAGAGACCUCACAGGUUCGACCACAUGCUGUAGCAGCCGUUCUUCGCAAUAUAACUUUUACCAAGGAUCGCUAUGAUAGUUUCAUUGAGCUGCAGGAAAAACUACAUCAGAACAUCUGCAGGAAGCGAGCUCUUGUUGCUAUUGGAACGCAUGAUCUGGAUACAAUAUCAGGACCUUUCACUUAUACUGCACAACCACCAUCUGAAAUUAAGUUCAAACCGUUAAACCAGUCAAAGGAAUACACUGCACCUGAACUUAUGGAUCUUUAUAGGACAGAUAGUCACCUUCGCCAUUAUUUACACAUUAUUGAAGACAAACCAGUUUAUCCUGUUAUCUACGAUAGCAACGGCAUAGUUCUUUCUAUGCCCCCUAUCAUAAAUGGAGACCACAGUAAAAUAACACUCAACACACGGAAUGUUUUUAUUGAAUGUACAGCAACUGAUCACACUAAAGCAAAAAUUGUGCUUGAUACAAUUGUCACAAUGUUCAGUGAAUACUGUGAAAAACCAUUUACAGUUGAGGCAGCUCAAGUGAUUUAUCCUAAUGAAGAAAUGUACGUUUAUCCAGAGAUGCGGUACAGAAAAGAAAUUCUGAGUACAGAAUUUAUUAAUAAAAGAGUUGGAAUCAAUGAAACGCCAGAUUCUCUUGCUAAGUUGCUGACUCGCAUGUAUUUAACGUCCAAGGUGAUAGGGAAUGGUGCACAAUUAGAAAUUGAAAUCCCCCCUACUAGAGCAGACAUCAUCCAUCCGUGUGACAUUGUAGAAGAUGCAGCAAUAGCCUAUGGAUACAACAAUAUCAAGAUGACAGUUCCCAAAGCCUAUACUGUGGCUAAUCAGUUUCCAUUGAACAAAUUAUCUGAGUUGCUGAGGCAGGACAUGGCAGCUGGGGGCUUCACAGAGGCCUUGACCUUUGCUCUGUGUUCUCAGGAAGAUAUUGCUGACAGACUGGGCAAGGAUCUGGCAAAGACGAGAGCAGUACAUAUCGCCAAUCCCAAAACAGCUGAAUUUCAGGUAGCUCGCACGACUCUUCUCUCUGGUCUGCUGAAGACCGUUGCAGCCAACAGAAAAAUGCCGCUACCUCUGAAAUUGUUUGAAAUUUCAGAUGUUGUUCUGAAAGAUCCAUCAAAAGAUGUUGGUGCAAAGAAUGAAAGACACCUUUGUGCUUUGUACUACAACAAGAAUCCUGGUUUUGAGGUGAUCCAUGGUUUGCUGGACCGCAUAAUGCAACUCCUUGACCUGAAGCCAGGACAUGCGAAUGGGUACUACAUACAGGCUGCAGAUGAUUCCACUUUCUUCCCGGGUCGAUGUGCAGAGAUCUUUGCUAAAGGUCACAGCAUAGGCAAGCUGGGAGUUCUUCACCCUGAUGUUAUCACUAAAUUUGAACUGACCAUGCCCUGCUCUGCGCUUGAGAUUGAUAUUGAGCCAUUUCUUUGAAGGAUGAUGCUGCUGCUUAGUUCGUUUCACACAUUUAUGUCAUUCUGCCAUUCUUUACAAAGAGCAGCUAGUGACACUACUCAGAUGUAAAGAUAAAUAUUUAAUAAGGCAAAGGAUCCUGUGUCUGCUUUGUGGUUAUAUAUGUUUUCCAUCUUGUAAUUUUAUCUGUUUGCCUGAAACAUUAUAGUUUAUUAUUUAGCAUAAAUUACCAAAACUGUAAAUGUAUGAGAAAAACAAUCCAAUGGAAUAUAACUGUAACAUGAGAAUUAAUAAAACAAUUAAAAUUGAGAUGAUGGAUAGAACUGCACUACAAAAGACAUUCAACUUCAGCAAUUCCAUUUAGAUUUUCUCCAGCAGCAGAUACAGUUAUGAAAUAUAAACUAAUAGAAUAAUUUUUAUCAGUGGUAUAAAGAUACACUCUGGGCUUCCCAGGAUCAUUGUGCUGGGUAAACAAGGUGUCGGCUGUCAUUGGUACCUUUAUCCAUGUUAUGCUCCAAAUGGAAGGAAGGCCUAUGUAGUGUAACGUUUAAGUAAUAUUCUUAAGUCUACAAAAUCUGGUCCCCCAAAAUCUAACUGGAUUUAGUCACUGAACUGCUGUUGAUGGAAUUUAACAAUAUGAUUUAAGCAAUGGUUAUGUUCAGAAAAUGUUAAAUCAGAGCACGAGCUCUAGAAUCAGAAGUACUUCUUAGAGGAGGAAUCCUUAGAUCUCUUUGUUAACGGUAAGGGUCCAUGGCAUAAAAAAGUUGAGAACCCCUGCUUUUGAGGGACCUUUAGUUAGUCUUGACUCUGCAAUAUGUGGAAAGUCAUGUGAAACCAAAGCUUUUCUCCGAGUAAAACUCCCAGCUCUCACAGAAUUUUGCUGCAUUGUUUUUAUGCAUUUGUAAUUAUGGCUUGUUUGAUAGACCAGGAAAUGUGCUGAACAACAGAUGGAGAUUGACCUGUUGUGCAUGUCUAUUAUUACUGUUUUAAAAUUACCAAUUAUAAAUAUAUAGAAUUUUAAUCUUAGACUGUUACAGUUUUUAAGGCUAUUUUUAUUGGAACUUUAUAUUGAUUAGGUGUGUGAUAAAUCUUCUCACAUAUUAUUCUAAAAAAUCUUUUGUCCCAGCUUCCUUCAUGAAAUUUGUAGUUAAUGUUUCAUCAAUUGGCUGCAUGAAGCAGCCAUAUUAUUUUGUCCAGCAGUUGUACGGACAUCCAUGAUGGCCUGGUUUAGAACUAAUAAAAUGCCUGUUGGCAUCUUUAAGCAUCAGAGGUUCAAUUCUUGGUGCUUGGAAAUACUGGCUGUCACAAACCUUUUCAGAUGGAAUUGUGCAGGUGGUAAAUUAGAGACAUUGAAAUGUUUUGCGUAAUUGUUACACAACAAGAAACAAAACGUAUGGGAUUGAUCAUUAUGCUAAGUAAAACUGUAGUGCAUUCCUUCAGAUUGAGAAUGCUUGCACCUUCUCUUUCUGCAUUACAUAAUACUGAAGAAAAUACCUGUUUUCAAGGUACCAUUAGCUUUUACAUUAUAUUUCACUAAUACUGGUAUCCCAGAGGAAACAGCAAAUGACCAUUGAAAUAUAUGAUCAUGGAGGGUCACAGAUCAGCAUUAAUUAGCUGAUACUUUUGGGAUAGUGUUACUUUGCAAUUGGUUUAAUUUCAUGAAUUGUUAUUUGAUCAGUUAAAAUAUUGCAAUAUGUGUGAAAUAUAAAUGUAUCUUACUGACACGAGACUGCAGAUGCUGGAGCAAAAAAUCUCAGCAAGUCGAGCACCAUCAGGGGUGGGAAGGUGGUGUCGGGGAGGAAUUGUCGUUACCUAUCUCCUGUUUCCACUUUCAACCAGAUCCACUGUCUACCAUCUUUUUAACAUUCUCUUAAAAAUAAUUCACCUGCCUUUAAGGAUGAUAUAUGAAAAGUUUAGUAAUUACCAAAGGUGACUUCUUUGAAUACAGGUACUAAGUUCUGGUUCUUAAUAGGAAGUUUCACUCUUCCUCCUCUGCUUCCAUCUAAUCUAUUAUCAGAUGCUUAUUUAAAAACAUAACUUGUUUUAAUGUCACCUUAAUGCAACUUUGCUUGAAAAAGUGGAAUGCUGUUGUCUUGUUUCAUAAGUGUCUUUCGCUUCCAGUAAAAUGCAGUUAGAAUUGCGGAAAUAGAUCACAGUUACAAUGGGUUCUGCAGACUCCCCAAUACUCUCCCCAUAACCCUGGCAAUUUCAGAUGAUUACCCAACUUCCUUUUGAAUAUCCCUCUGCAGCUGCUACUGCUAGUACAUUUCAGACUGUAACUGCUCACUCCAUAAGACAAAAUAUGAUUUUUUUGGCAAAACGGAAGAGAUGCAAUCAUAUUCAUUCUAUACUCCCGGGUUGUUGACCAUUCCACUAAUGGAGCCAGUUUCUCUGUGCUUAACCUUCAUGAUUUUAAAUACCACUGACAUAUCCCCUUGCAAAGUCCUCUUCUCUGUGGAGAGCCCCAGUUUAUCCUAAUAAUUCCAGUGCCUGAGAAAAACAUUCAGCCUCCACAACUAAUUUCACAUUUUACUCUGUCAGUUUCUAAAUUUAAAAUAUAUUGAAGUAGGAAUUUUUGAGAUAAUCUACAAAACAUUGUGCAUCAUGUCAAAUCAAAAGGAAUAUUCCAAAACCUGUCAACAACUAAUUAAAAGUUAAAAACCGAAAUUGUGAGGCAGAAAAGUAUUCGUCUGUUUUGUAAUUACUAUGCUAACUUUCCUCAGAUGUAAUAUGCUAUAUUACCUUACCAACUCAAUCAAUUUGUUGAUGUAGAAAAUUGGAGGAUUACCUGAAUAAAUGCCCUCUUUCUCUGCUAGGUCCAAUAGUAUGGUAGAUUUUCAACAUGCCAAACCAAAAUGAAGACAAAAAUGCAUUCAAGGCAAGUCAGGGAAAUCAUAAUAGAGAAACAGAAAUCUGGGAAAUGGUACAAAACCAUCUCAAAAGCACUGAGCAUACUUCAGAGCUCAGUGUAGUCCAUCAUGGAAAAGUGGGUAAAAUAUGAAACUGUGGCCACACUGCCUAUGGCAGGCUACUAUAAUGUCAACAGUCAGUUUGAGCUGUAGAAGUGAGUGGCUGCAACAGGAGAUGAAGUUCAUGAAUCCACAAUCUCCAAGGCUUUGCAUAAAAAUGGAAAAAAAAUUGCAAUUUGCGAAGUGUCACUUAGAAGAUACUGUAAAGAUGUGGAAGACGGUCUUGUGUUUGGAUGAGACCAAAGAACAACUUUUGUAGAGUAUAUUGUGCACUGGCCAGGUAACACCAUCCCUACUGUAAAGUAUGGUGGAGGUAACAUCAUUCUAUGAUGAUGUUUUACAGUGGCAGGGCCUGGAGAUCUGACCAGGAUUGAUGGGAAGAUGAAUUCUGCUAAAUACAGAAAGCUCCUGGAUAAAAAAAACCUGCUAGUCUCUGCCAGAAACUUUAAACUGGGGAGGAAGUUAGUCUUUCUGCAGGACAAUGAGCCAAAGCACACUGCCAGAACAACCAUGGAGUGGCUUCAAAUGAGAAUUGAUGUCCUUGAGUAGCCCAGUCAGAGUCCUUGGCAUAACCUGAUCAAACAUAUCUGGCUGCCAAUUUUAAAAGCUUGAAUACCACAUGCUUUUUAAAUACUUUUUCAACCUUAUUUGCCAUUUUCAAUCUGUCUGCAAUGGAACCAGACAGAAACAAGAUCAUUGCAUUAUGUUUUUUUUCCUGCUGACCUAAGUAGUACACUGAUAAAAACAAUUUUUAAUUGAUAGUAAUCCUUGGCAAACUUUCACCCUUCAUGGUUGAUAUGCAAUGACAUUCUGAGACUGCAUCUUCAAAUACUGGUAAUUUUACACUGAAUUUGAAAAUAAGGUUAACAAGCAACACACACAAAAUGCUGAUGGAAUGCAGCAGGCCAGGCAACUUCUACAGGAAGACGUACAGUCAACAUUUCAGGCAAAGACUCUUGGUCAGUUAAUCCUGACGAAGGGUCUCGGCCUGAAACGUCAACUGUACUUUUUCCUAUAGAUGCUGCGUUCCACCGGCAUUUUGUGUGUGUUGCUUGAAUUUCCAGCAUCUGCAGAUUUCUUUGUGAUAAGGUUAACAAGGUUACCUCUGUUUCUUACAAUGAUUUUGUGGUAUAAUUAAUUGUAUUCAGUAAAAGAACAUAAUAGAAAUAAAAGUAAGUGCUUGAUA